AUGAGAGGAAUCUCGAGAAGCAGAUCGGCUUUUCCUUGGCGUUUCCUCUUCUUUUUCACUGCCGCCUCUCUCCAGUUUCUCGCUGGCUUAUGUGACGACCCAUCUAGCACAAAAGACAAUGCAAAGAAAGCUGAUUCUGGUGUCGAUACUCGCCGUAAGAUUCUUUUCAUUUUCCUAGGGAUGGUAGCAACUGGGUUGCUUUCAUUUGGCCUUUUCAAGUUCUGGCAAAAGAAGAAAAGAGAAGAGCAGUAUGCCCGUCUGCUAAAGUUGUUUGAAGAGGACGAUGAGCUGGAGGUUGAACUUGGCCUCAGAGAUUGA